UCGCUUAUCUAUGGCCCCUUUGAGCCUCUUCUGCAUGAAAAUAGCCAAUUUCCAUCACUCUGUCAAAUGGCCCCCAAAGAUACUUCUCUGCCCAUUGGCAUGGUGUUAUUAAUGCUGCAUUUCCACUGGACAUGGGUUGGGCUGGUUGCCUCAGAAGAUAUGAAAGGUGUUCAAUUUCUGUCAGAAUUGAGAGGACAAAUGGAGAGAAAUGAGGUCGGUGUGGAAUUUGUGGAAAUGAUCUCCGUCACUGAGAGAAGUUAUUUUAUACUGGACAUCAAAUACCUCCUCAGAAUCCAAGAGUCAUCAGCAAGGGUUGUUGUCAUUUAUGGAGACACAGAUUCAUUUCUAGGUCUGAACUUUCAUAGAUGGACUUACGUGGUGACAUGGAGAGUCUGGAUCACAACAUCACAAUGGGAUUUUACCACCAGUGAGAGAUUCUCCAUGCUUGACACAUUCCAUGGGACACUAACAUUUUCUCACAACCACAGUGAGAUCCCUGUAUUCAAACAUUUUCUCCAGAUAGCAAACCCUUCCAAAUACCCAGAAGACUUUUAUCUCAGUAAAUUAUGGCUUAUAUAUUUUGAUUGUUCAAUUUCUGAAUCUGACUGUGAUAAACUGGAGGGCUGUGCACCAAAUGCCUUGUUGGAUCUGCCUUUGCACCAGUUUGACACAACCAUGUCUGAAUGGAGUUACUAUGUCUAUAAUGCUGUGUAUGCCCUGGAAACCCUGCAUGAAAUGCUUCUUCAACAGGUGGAAAGGCACUAUAUGGAAAUAGGAAAUAAAGUCAAGUUUCACCCUUGGCAGCUCCACUCCAUGCUGAAGGAUGUCCAUUUUAACAAGAGUGCUGGUGAGCAUAUGCUUUUGGAUGACAAAAGAAUCUCUAAGGCCACAUAUGAUAUACUCAACUAUGGGAGUUUUCCUCAUGGAAUUGGAUUACAGGUGAAAGUAGGACAGUUUGUUCCACAGGCUCCACAGGGUCAAGGUUUUUCCAUAAAUAAAGAGGCCAUAGAGUGGGCCAUCGGUUUUAAAGAGACACCCCACUCUAUAUGCAGCAAAAGUUGCGAUCCUGGAUUCUGGAAAACCCCUCAAGAGGGAAAGGCUGCUUGUUGCUUUGACUGCACCCCUUGCCCAGAAAAUGAGAUUUCUAAUGAAACAGAUAUGGAUCUGUGUAUCAAGUGUCCAGACUCUCAAUACCCAAAUACUGAGAGGGAUCGCUGCCUCCAGAAGGCCGUGAUCUCCCAGGCUUAUGGAGACCCUUUGGGGGCAGCUCUGGCCUGCACAGCCUGUGGCUCUCUCCUCACUGCUGCGGUCCUGGGGAUCUUUGUGAAACGCCGAGAUACUCCCAUAAUCAAGGCCAACAACCAGACACUGAGUCUCAUCUUGCUCAUCUCAUUCAUCCUGUGCUUCCUCUGCUCCUUGGUCUUCAUUGGCCGUCCCAACACAGCCACCUGCAUCCUCCGACAAGCAGCAUUUGGAGUUGCAUUUACCAUGGCCAUUUCCACGGUUUUGGCUAAAACUCGUACUGUGAUUCUGGCUUUCAAGGCUACAACCCCGGGAAGAAGGAUGAGGCAGCGGUUGGUCUCAGGGGCCCCCAAUUCUGUCAUUCCUGCCUGCUCCCUGAUCCAGCUGACUAUCUAUGGACUCUGGCUGGGAACUUCUCCACCCUUCGUUGACAGAGACACUCAUUCCGAGCCUGGCAGCAUCAUCAUUGAGUGUAACAAGGGCUCCAUCACUGCAUUCUACUGUGUCCUAGGAUUCCUGGGCUCCUUGGCCCUGGGGAGCUUCACACUGGCUUUCCUGGCCAGGAACCUGCCUAAUGCCUUCAAUGAAGCCAAGCUCCUGACCUUCAGCAUGCUGGUGAUCUGUAGCGUCUGGGUCGCCUUCCUUCCUGUCUAUCACAGCACCAAAGGGAAGGCCAUGGUGGCUGUGGAGAUCUUUUCCAUCUUGGCCUCCAGUGCUGGGUUCCUGGGCUGCAUCUUUGCUCCCAAGUGCUACAUUAUACUGCUAAGGCCCAAGAGGAAGACCCUGAUGUUGCUAAGGGAUAAAACAAGUUCUAUGGGGCUAGGAGGAAACUUUUUUGUCUUGGGUUUCAUUUCCUUAUUUAGUAUCUUGUAUAAGAUUUGUGAUGAUUUGGGCUACCGGAGACUCUGCGAUCCAGCAGAGUUGGAGCAUGAAGAAGUGGGGAGAGUGGAUCUGGAGAUGCAGACAGGAGAAAUGGCACAAAAGGGAAAAAUGAGGAUGGCUCUGGAGUUGCUGGUGCCGAUGGUACCCUCUUUUGAACCAGUGGAAAUAAAGAUUAGAGAAUUCAAGUCAGAGCUAGAGAUACUACAGACUGAGCUGCAAAAAGGGAGAAAUGGAAGUAACAGAAGGGUCUUCCAGACCCCCAACAAGGAUUUUACAUAUGGAGUGGAAUAUUCAUCAGAGAUGCCAAAAACCAAGUUGCCUAUUAAAGGAGAAAACUGA